UACAUCAGUGCAGUAACGUGCCAAAUAAGACAAUUCAAUUCACUAAAACGAACAAAAUGAAUCCAAAAGUGAUUUUUCUCUUCGUUCUCAUCGCAGCUGUGUCUGCAGAAAUCGAUAAUACAAAUCGGGAUAAGCGUUCUUUCUACGUUUCCAGCCGAUUGGGAGUCGCUCCAACCUAUUAUGAAGCUUCCGUUCCCGCUUACAACUACUAUCGCACACGUACAUUGCAAAUACCACCAGGUGUAGACCCAGUCAAAUGCCCGAAUUAUCCAUUCUGUGGAACCGAAGCCGGACGUCUUAUUGUACCACCAGUUGCACCAGCUGCUUCAUUCGUACCAGCCACCAGCAGAGUCUUGGCAUACGAUUCACCUCUUCGAUACCAAUGGAACCCAACCAGAUAUGCUUAUCGCUAUUUGUACUAAAAUAGAGGCCCCGAUUUCUUGAUGGACACAUUUUUGACACGAUUUUUGAUUUUACACAUUUUUUCUUAAAUAAAAAUAUCUUUAAACGCAAA